AUGAAAGGCACAGAAACUGUGGUAGGAAUACAUUUCGACACAUCAGAUAUCAAUGAGCCAAUAUUCUUAGAUGAAAAAUCGUUUGUAGGCAUGCCUAAUCUUCAGUUUCCAGAAGUUUAUUUGCCAGAGGCUAAAGACAGAUUGAAACUACCUCAAGGUCUCCUCUAUUUGCCCCCGGGACUCAGAUUGCUUUCUUGGCCUCAAUAUCCAUCCAAGUGUUUGCCUUUUACAUUUAAGGCGGAGUUCGUCGUUGAGAUCAGUAUGAGAGAGAGUAAGAUUGAGAAGCUGUGGGACGGAACUCAGAUUUGGCCCAGAACAUCUCGAAAUGUUAUCGGUGGAAAGCAAGACGCUUAA